AUGCGCAAGCGGGAGCGUUCGGAUUCGGAUUCGGAUUCGCCCGCACUUCGCGGCACCCCGUCCGUAGAGCCGCUGGGCCAACGGAUGUGGUUGCGCCAGCAGGUCUUGUUUGACGUCUUGCGCCGCACAUCCCUGGCGGAGCAGAAGGACCGCGAGAUUGUGGAGUGGCUCACAGACGCCGCGGAAUGGCUGCAGAGCGCGGAAUACGCGAAGCUUGGCGCCGGGUCGCUCACGGAGCUUCGCUUUCUCGUCCUUGGCGUGCUACACACAAUGCCGUGGUGGCGCGUGGUGGAGGCGGUGGACCCAACGCGCGUCCAUGUAGCUUCACGCGGUGCACAGAGUGCCUCGCGCGCCAUUACGCGCUGGCAUGAGAAGAUCCAAUUCGCCUUUGAGCGUGUCUGUAUGCUGCUGGUUGAGCAAUCCCCGCACGCCGUGCGCGGCGUGCUGGAGGUGGCCAUGAAGCCGUUUCAAAUGCGGCCGCCUGUGGCCGACGGCGCGCGACGGUUGAUCCCGGCGGAUUCCAUCAUGCGCAUCAUGAACACGGUGGCCACAAAGUACCCGAGCGCUGUCGUCCUGGAGGUGCUGGAGCAGAGUAUGCGGUCGCUUGUGCCAAAGCGGCGAUGGGCGGAGGAGCGACACCACAAGGCGUGCAUUGCACUCUUUUUGCACCUCGCACUUGAGGCGCAUGUUCCUUUGUUUCCAACCCACGACUGCGGCCAAAGUGGUCUGUUUGUGAAUCGUGCCACCUCGACGUUGCAUGGCACGGCCCCUGCCGCCUCGCUCCGGGGCUCGGAGGAGAGCGGAACAGACGCCGCGGGCUCGUCCCACUCCAACCGAGGCUAUCAACUGCGCCCACUCGAGAUGACUGCCCCUGUGAUGUCCGCAAGUGAGGCAGACUUUAGUGAUGCGGGGAUGAAUAUGUCAUCCGCGACUGACGGACGCUCGUUUCCAACGCGUUUCACGGAGUUUACGAUGCAGAACAAUAAAAUGUUGGCGUAUCGCAACGAACUCAUUCGAUUUGUGCUGCAACAGCUACUGGACAUGGAAUUGUCGCUACAGAACUCAGAUAAUGAGCCCCUGCAGGAGUUGGCUUCGCCUUCCUCGUCAUGCUACGGUGCUGGUUCCACGAGCGCCGUGCGAAUCUUAGCGAGCCCUCUCGCUGGACAACUCGAGGAGCGCGCAGCUGACAAGCCGUUUGUAGGGAUUCUGCGCGGUUGUACGAGCCUCGUUUUUCACAGGCUGGCGGAGGAUCUCAUGCGACAACAGGCAGCUGGUGUUUGCGGGAACGCCGAAUGGUGGCGUGAGUUGCUCGCGUUUCACCUCAACUUUGUCCUUAGGAUGGAGUGCCCAAUGUGCCUCUUGUACCUGGCCCCAAGCCUUGCACUGCUGGGCACCGAGGAGGAGGCCGUGGAUAUGAUGCAUAAGCUUGUGUCCCUGGUGACAAAGGGCUACCUGCCGGUUCAACAAAACGCAAGGCGUGUCGCCGCGGCGGGUCCGGCCCGUGUGCGGAUGGCACCCCCAUCUGUGGGACCGUUGAUGAUCCCCAUGGCGCACCGCGUGCGUGCCGCGGUGUACCUGUACCCACUCUUCAGGUUCCUGCGUGAUCGCCUUGGCAACGGCGAGGGCACCCGCAAGCGACUUCAGAAGUGGGUCACGCAGGAGCUGAGAGCCACUGCCACCGCCUCCGCAAGCCUGCUUGUGCAGGUCCUCUUUGCCCAGUGUGCCGCCAUGUCGCAGCUGCUUGAGGCAGACUUUGUGGAGGAGAUGAGUUCGCAGCUGCCGGACUCGCCGGCGCUGCGGUCGCUCUGGGGGCGGUACCUCCUCCCGGAGGACACGCGGCGGCGGGGGAGCCCCGGCGACGCCGAGGGGGCGGCGCCUGCCACCACAACCACCGCCAACCCCAACGGCGGCACGGCGGUCGCUGACGCUGUUGACGCGGCCGCGGGCAAGCGACGAAUGGACCUUUCAAAGCUGGAGGCGGCGGGUCUGCUGCACCCGAAACUCAUGGACGACUGCCCGUGGGACUGGCGGCGCUGCCAAACGGAGAGGGCGCUGGAACCGUAG